AUGAAUAUUAUUUCUCUAACAUUAAUAAUAAGUAUUUUCGUCGGCAAAAAUUCGUUGACAACUGCUAAUCGUAGUUAUCUUGUUAAAAGAGAUAACUUCAAUGUAUUUAAAUUCAGUGAAUUUUCAAUAUUCAGAUCAGAACACCAUUUAGCAUAUCGUAUUAAAUCCUCUUAUGCUUUUCGAAGAAAAUUAGAAAUUAUUGAUGUUUCAACGAAUCAGGUUGUUUGUCGGUUGACAAAUAAAAUAAGUUUAACACAGCCUGGAGCAGAUUUUUCAAUUCUUAAUUCGACUUCCGAUGAAUGGAUUACCGGAAAAAUCCUAAGAAAAGCUGGUUUGAAUCAGAAAUAUCGCAUUAAAUGGGAUGGAAAUGAUAUUUUGAUGAAGACAAAAUUCAAUUCACUAAUAACAACAUUUGAACAUGAAUAUCCAAGUGGUAUUUUGGCGAAAUUUAAAAGACCAUUUUUUCCACUUAUAUUCGGAGUUGAAUUUGAUUUACAAAUAUUUUCUAAUGAUCUACCAGAUAUCAUUUAUUUCAUUGGACUUGUUAUGAAAGAUCAAGACAGCAGCGCAGGAUUUAAAGGGUGA